GUGAAGACCGGUACCGGCUCGCUGGACCAGUGUGACAGAAUUUCGCUCUUUUCGCCGAUGAGACUCGAGGAAAAAACACCAGAGAGGGAUACCAUGGGGCGAACAGUGAAUGAAGAGUCAAUGGAUGCAAAGAAGGAGAAUCAAGAGAAAGCUCCUCAGUCAGGCACAUCUUCUGUGCAAAAUGAUGAUUUUCACUGGGAAAAUUACUUGAAAGAGACUGGAUCUUUAAGUGCUCCUUCAGAGUGUUUCAGACAGUCCAAGAUUCCACCAGCUAAUGACUUCAAAGUUGGUAUGAAAUUGGAAGCCCAUGACCCUCGCAAUAUGAUUUCAAUAUGUACCGCCACAGUCGCUGGAAUUACUGGUGCCAGGCUACGUUUAAGACUGGAUGGUAGUGACAACAGAAAUGAUUUUUGGCGGCUUGUUGAUUCUCCGGACAUACAGCCUGUUGGGACAUGUGAAAAGGAGGGGGACUUACUUCAGCCUCCACUGGGGUACCAGAUGAACAUAUCAUCUUUGCCAAUGUUCCUCUUGCGAGCACUGAGUGGAUCUGAAAUGGCACCUGCAACAUUCUUUAAGAAGGAACCACCAAAGCCACCUCUAAAUAAUUUUAAAGUGGGAAUGAAACUUGAAGCUAUAGAUAGAAAGAACCCUUAUCUGAUCUGCCCUGCAACUACUGGAAAUGUUAAAGGAGAUGAAGUUUAUAUCACAUUCGAUGGCUGGAGGGGAGCUUUUGAUUAUCGGUGCAAGUAUGACUGUCGAGAUAUUUUCCCAGUUGGGUGGUGUCGCCUGACAGGAGAUGUAUUACAACCACCAGGAACUCACGUUCCUGUUACAAAGAAUAUGGCAAAAACACAGCCUUCUCCUUCCAAAGCAAUGCAGCGUUCAAUGCAGUCUCUACAGGAAACUGCUGUAACAUUACCAACACAGCAGAUCAGGAAAUCAGGUCGGACUAGAUCACCUGCACAUACUUCAGUCCCCAAGAAGGAGAGUUCUGUUAAAAAUAUCACACCAAGGAAAAGAGGCCCAAACUCAGGAAGAAAGGAAAAAUGUAUUCCUGUUGUAUGUUCCACAUCUUCAACUUCUGUCAGUAUGCUGGCCAGAGGAGGUGGUGGUGUUUUAUAUGAUAAGGAUGCUGUUCCUGGGUCAUCUAAAAUAGUGAUGUCUACAGUCUGUGUCUAUGUAAACAAACACGGAAGCUCUGGCCCUCACCUGGAUCAGAAGAAAAUCCAGCAGCUGCCCGAUCACGUUGGCCCAGGCCCUGUCAAUGUGGUGCUCCGGCGGACAGUGCAGGCCUGGGUGGAUUGUGCCAUUCAAAGUAAGACUGUUUUUGGAUUCCUUAAGCCAGAUGAUCGUGGAGAAGUGAUAACCGCCUCCUUUGAUGGGGAAACUCAUUCCAUCCAGCUCCCUCCAGUGAACAGUGCAUCAUUUGCUCUUCGCUUUCUUGAGAAAUUGUGCCACAGCCUGCAGUGUGAUAACCUUUUGAGUAGCCAGCCUUUUAGCUCUUAUAGAGGUAAUGGUCAUAGUCCUGCAGAGCAUGAUCAAAAUAACUCAGUAAAAGAAGAUGCAACAGAAAAGAAAAGCACCAAACGACCUUCUCAGGAACCUCUGCCUUAUGUUGCUCCUCUCUCUCCUAAGCUCCCCAAAACAAAAGUGCAUGCCUCUGAAGAAGUAUUAUCUUCUGAGGGAAAUGGCAUGCCCAAAGGGGAAAUGCUUUCUGAAGAGUCCAAAAACUCACCACUAAAUCCAGCAAGUUCUCUGAAUCCUGCCAGCACAAGUCCUAUAAGCACUCAUACUUCAGUCUCCAGUAGUGUUUCUCAACGUGUGCCAUACACCUCGAGUUCAACACUGGUGGGGACCGAAUCACCUCCCAAGAGCAGUCACCAUGAAGUUACAUUCCAGAUGCAGAGGAAAAGUGAAACUCCAAGUUAUAUAGCUGUACCUGACCCCAGUGUCCUGAAACAAGGCUUCUCUAAGGACCCUUCAACCUGGUCUGUGGAUGAAGUGAUACAGUUUAUGAAACAUAAAGAUCCUCAGAUAUCAGGCCCCCUCGCCGACCUCUUCAUGCAACAUGAGACUGAUGGGAAAGCUAUGCUACUACUCAAAAGUGAUGUGAUGAUGAAGUAUAUGGGGCUGGAGUUGGGGCCAGCCUUAAAGUUAUGUUCUUGUAUUGAAAAACUUAAAGAAGGAAAAUAUAAUUGA